UGCAGUAACCCUGGAGCCCCUCACGACGUCAGUUAUUAGCAUGUGUGAUAUUGCGACCAUGUCUCUCCAUCGCGCCCGCUCCACCACGCAGCUGCCAUCUCCCAGGCCGCCGCCAUGCCGCCCCUCACGCGACCCCGCCGCAUCGUCGGCGUCUCGCUGAAGAUGUACUUCGAUCUCCCAUCCACGCUCUCCUACGUCCGCGGCAUGCUGCAGCUCGACGGGCUCGCCUGGAACGCGCGCCUCGACCUCUUCGUCAUCCCCGACUUCGUCGCGCUCGUCUCCGCCGCCGAAAUCCUCCAGCCGUCUUCGAUCCUGCUCGGCGCGCAAGACACCCACUGGGAAGACAAGGGCGCCUUCACAGGCGAAGUCUCGCCCGUCGUGCUGCAGCAGGCAGGCGCCAAACUCGUGGAACUCGGGCAUGCAGAGCGGCGCGCCCUGUUCGGCGAGACGGACGAGAGCGUCGCGAAGAAGGCGGGGGCUGCGGCGCGGAACGGCCUGGUUCCCCUCGUGUGCAUCGGCGAGCGGACACACAACACCACGUCGCCCUCGGCCGCUGUCGGCGCAGCCAUCUCCGAGUGUACGCCACAGGUCACGUCGGUGCUUGCGGCGGUUCCGGAUGACAGUGAGGUGAUUCUCGCGUAUGAGCCUGUGUGGGCGAUAGGCGCCAAGGAGCCGGCCGACGCGGAUCACGUUGUGAAUGUGACAAAGGAGUUGCGGCGGCUGGCUGGUGGACGGAAAGGUGUGACGAGGAUACUGUACGGAGGCAGUGCGGGACCGGGCACGUUUGCGAAGAUCGCAGAAGGCGUGGAUGGGUUGUUCUUGGGGCGGUUUGCGCACGACAUGCAGAACCUCAAGAAGGUCAUUGAGGAGGUUGGCGGGGCUAAAUGAAUGUGCGUGUUGCGUCAAACAUCAAAGAGCAGGAUGAGCGCUAAGGCUCGAUGGGCUUUAUGAUUUACGAAUAAAGCAGUACACGACCAUGCAGCAUCACCCAAAAGAUUAGUUACC